AUGUCGGAAGAUUUGACCAAAAAGACCGAAGAGUUGUCCUUGGACUCGGAGAAAACCGUCUUGAGCAGCAAGGAAGAAUUCACCGCCAAGCACCCAUUGAACAGCAAAUGGACCUUGUGGUACACCAAACCCCAAACCAACAAGUCCGAAACAUGGCUGGAUUUGUUGAAGCCAGUGAUCACAUUUUCUUCUGUCGAAGAGUUCUGGGGCAUCUACAACUCUAUUCCUGUGGCCAACCAGUUGCCUAUGAAAUCAGACUACCACUUGUUUAAAGAGGGCAUUAAGCCAGAGUGGGAAGAUGAGCAAAACGCCAAGGGAGGAAGAUGGCAAUACUCCUUCAACAACAAGAGAGAUGUUGCUCAGGUGAUCAACGAUUUGUGGUUGAGAGGCUUGUUGGCCGUGAUUGGCGAGACCAUCGAGGAUGACGAAAACGAAGUCAAUGGCAUAGUGUUGAACAUCAGAAGAGCCAACAUCAGAGUGGGUAUUUGGACCAAGGACUGCGAUGAGUCCAAGUUGGUGACCAUUGGCGAGAGAUUCAAGAAGGUGUUGAAGUUGGGCGACGACCAAAAGGUUGAGUUCAUGUCGCACGACACUUUCAACGCCAAGGGUAACGCGCAGAUCACCGUCUAA